AUGGUUCCUGAAAACAAAAGUCAGAAUGAAUAUCUCUGGCAAUGGAAGCGCGAGUUCAAGGACUACAUAAAUUUACUGAUGGUCAGAGAAGCCCCUCCUCUGGACCAGCUUUGUGCAGUUUGCAAGAAGGAUGGGGUUUAUAAAUGCCAUGGCUGUUUCAACGAGCCCCUGUUUUGCAUGGACUGCUGCAGAACCCAGCAUCAAAGGCAUCCAUUCCAUCGCAUCAGUCAAUGGACCAGAUCAUUUUUUCAAGAAACAUCACUCAUUAAAGUCGGCCUGCACAUUCACCUUGCUCAUGACAGCAACCCAUGUCCAAGCAGCACUGAAUAUACAUCCGACCUCUUUGAUUGGUCAGAUACUGAUGAAAAUAUAGACUAUGAUGAUUAUCUGGAGGGAGCUUCCAUUCCACUUGUCACAGACUCAGAUCAUCCAGCUAUAACCAUAGUGGACAAAUCUGGUGUUCACUUCCUAUCCAUAUGGUAUUGCCACUGCCCCAGUGCUCUCGACCGGGAUAUGCAGCUCUUUCAAGCAGGCUUGUUUCCGGCAUCUUUCACCAGACCAAAAACUGCAUUCACAUUCUCCAUCUUGGAUGAUUUUCUGCUAGACAACCUUGAAUGUGGUACUUCAGCCAUGAAUUACUACAGUAAGAUGCGGAGGCUAACCUCAAGUAUAUUUCCAUUGAUGGUUCCGGAUCGUUAUAGAGAGCUCAUGAGAACUGCCAGACAGUGGCGCCAAUGCAAGCUCUACAAGUGGUGUGGGUUUGCCCACAAAGAUGAUCAGCCAAAGUCCAGUGAACUUGCCCUAUUUUGUCUGGCAUGUCCUCAACUGGGGAUAAAUUUGAACCUGUCAACCGGUACAGGCACUGAGCCCACCAACACCCCAUCCUGGCUCUUCAUCAGGACUUUAGUCAUGGAUGGUAACUUCAAAGCUGAGCACCUCUAUCUGGUGAAUCCAUCUGAUGAAGUAUCAUUGAUGGACGGUCUCGCAUUCAUGUCAGAUUGCAACAAUCACCAUGCAGUCAAUCAAGCAAAUGCCUUCCAGCAAAAGCUAGAGGCCACUGGGAUAGGAGGAUGUGCAUGUGCACGGCAUGGAUGUUUUGUUCCACAUUCCAUGGUAGAUUUUCAUAAGGAUGGAAUCUCCCAUGUGAUAACUUUCUAUGACAUUAAUUGUCAGUAUAAUAAGUUUCUCAAGGACUGGAUCGCAUCCAGCAUAUAUCUUUCGAUCCCCAUGGGCAUGAAUAUCAUUCCCGGUGUAAAGAGUAGAUCUGGGCUGGGCUCUACUGUAUAUUUGUGGCAUGUACAUGGGCAUCAGGACAGCUGCUAUGUCCGGUAUGCAUCAAACUUUAUCCAUGGGACCGGAAGGAUAGACAGAGAGAUCAUGGAAACAAUCUGGGCAUCUUUGAACAUAAUCUCUCCAUCAGCCAGGGGCAUGGGAACUCCGCAUCGCAAAGAGUUUCUGUGCAGAAAGUUCAAAGAGGCUGCCAGGGGUGCUGAAGAAAGCAAACUCUCAUUCCAAAACCUUAAUGAGACAGCUCACCCUGACAUGGUCCUUCUUUGGGAAGCAGAGGAGGCACUUGCUCAGGCGAACAGAAUGGGUGAUCCAACAGCCAUGGACAUUUAUGAGGUCCGGUUGGAAAAGGGCAAAAAGCAGCAGGAUUUGCACCUGCUGGAGGCUCAAAAUUGUCCUGAUCAUUUAGUCACCAAUUCCAUCAGUCGACGAGGAGCCGCCACAUGGUUAGCAACUGGUCUUACCAUAGAAGAAUCCCAAAUCGCUCUCUCUAGAGAUGUCAAAAGGCUCGGAAAGCAUCCUACAGAUAUUCAAUUGCUGAGAGUAGCCCGACUCAGGGAUAAGCUCCAAACUCGCAUUUCAAGCUUUCUCAAGAUGGCACCCACUUAUCUUGGAUUUGGAGUUGACGUCGAUGAACCGGAUCCUCCAGUAGACAUGCCACACCAUACCUCCCUAUUUCAACCGGAGCUUACUGUCAUACCUUUGCCUUCCAACCUCAGAAUGGAUAAAUGCAAUGCAUUGGAUCUCACCAAUCUCAUGAAAGAAGAAACUGCCCUCCAUGAAGGCCAGGCCAAUGACGCACUUCAUGCAAUUAGAGUUCAUUUGGGAGACAAAGCUGUCAUAUUCCAGACUACCGUCCAGUCAGCUAAGUCACAAGCAUCCUCCACCAGGGCAUGGACUCAAGUUCGCUUGGUGGAAGCAGCAGUAAAUCUCAAUGCCAGAAUAUAUUCAAAAUGCCGCUCUCAACUAGCUAAACUCCCUGAUCAUGAGCUCCUGAUGAAAUAUCUUCCGCUAAAAAAAGAACACCUCAAAGCAAGUGCUGCAGUAGCAGAUCCAAAUGCACGUGGUCAGAGGGAUAUCACUCUUCCAUGGUUCUGGUCCAUCAAUGUUCAGGGUGAUACAUCCAGAAAUGACUGGAUGACAGAAUUUUAUCGGGUGAACUGGCUCCAGACAAAGGCACUGCACGAUCAUUGGAAUGAAGAUGGGCCGUCAAUUUCUUUAACCACAAGGCCAAGCAGUGGCGGGGUCACAUGA